AUCAUAAAAUGAAAUGAAAGGAAUAAGAGUUCAUAUGCGCUUAUCGUAUAAUGUGUAGCCACUUGUAAUCAUGAAAUCUUGACCAGUGCUAAAUAGAUUGUCUCGUUAGGUUUAGUACCUAGGAGGUACCCGACCAUAAAUACUAAUUGCUUAAGAAACCCCACCACAAUUGCUUCAUCCCCAAUCACAAGCACCUCGGUAUAAUUCAAUUUACCAAUAACCAACGUAAAACACGGAAUAUUGAAACACGAUUGAUUUUAUGAUAGCAUACCCACAAAUAUAAGGCAUAAAUUGAGUUUGCUGUUGCAGGUAACAGGUCCAAAUUACUGGGGAUAGUUCGAACCAAGAGCCUAUCGAAAAAGGGACGUACCCCGCGGUUGCCAGGCAACCAAAGUCAAUUGUGGCCUAUCAAUCUGAACAGAGCUUAACCCCGAUAACGAAUUUCAGCAUUCAGCAUCCAUUUGAUUUCAAAUUCAGCAUACGUUUGCCCAACAUCUCCAGAAUUUUGUUAGCAAUCCCCGUGAAUUGGUUUCUAAUUAGGAAGAAGAAUUAUCGCAAACAUAUUAGACAACAUGGACAGUGACAGCGACGAUGAUUUCCCAGACGUUGACGUGAUUAUCCAACGAUACCGAAGAGCGGUGGAGAUGCACGACGAGAGGCAUGAUAAGAAGAAACAUGAUGACAACGAGGAGGAUGCAUCAGCUGCGAAAAGCUCCACGUCACGUACUGAGCAGGUUGUGAAGACUGAACCAACCAAGUCAAAUGCUGCGAUAAAAGCAACUCCUCUCCGGCGUCGGAAAUUGGGCCAGGGUCAGACUAUCGACGGUUCCCUUUUAAAACCAUUAGGCAACACGGCAAUUGGUAGGGAAAAGGAAAGUCGAGCUUCGAAAGUUAAGACUUCUCAAGCUCGCAUUAGAGAAGAAAGCGCCGAGGCCAGUAUCCCUCCUAAGGCUUCAUCAGAGCCCCCGCAACCAUCAAAAGCCCGGCAAAGAGGUUCUCGUACCAUCUCGUCCAGUAUAGUCCCAAGCCUCUUACCAAAGGAGAAGGUAAAGCUCGAGCAAGACGACACGGCGAAGGAUAGGAAUGUGAAGAGCGGGAAGGUUUUCAAAAAGCCCACGAACCCAACGUUUUCAGAUGAGUCCGAUGAAGAAGAGCUAGAUAUAUUAGAUGAUAUCCCACAAUCUAACGAGGGCGAUGAUUCCGAGUUCAUAUCUGUAUCAGAAUCGGAGUCGGAGUCAGAACCAGACACCUUCAACUCAGAUUCAGAACCCUCAUUUACACCACCAAUACGACGUUCCAGGAGUCCAAGCAUCCAAUGGGCAAAUCCUCAAAAGUUAUUAUUUAAGGAUCCAGUGAAGAAGACAGUAUCCAACAACAAACAACCACAGCAACCAAUCACUAAUGACUUAACUAAACGUGCGUCUAAGCAACAUAAAGACAAAGGUCCCACCCUUACUUCUUUAAAACCUUCUCAACCAGGUAAUCUGGAGGAUGCUUUCCAAAAACUUCAGAUCUUCAACGAGGAUUCGGAGCUUGAUGAACCCUCGGUGAAGGGGAACAAAAAGCCUUUACUGGAACCUACGACGCCCAGGAAGACGCUUCCCGCGUCUCCCCUAAAGACACCCAGAAUCCCAGUCUCCCCUUGGAAGCCUGAACAUAAGGAAUUCUGGGAUUCCGAGACACACUUUGCUUGGAUUGACAAGCACUCGCCAGACAAGAAACUAGAGAGUCCCAAGAAGGGAAUGGAACAGACUGCCAAAGAUGCUACUACGGCAGGCGGGAAACUUCUUAGUAAGCGUGCUGGUCCCAGCCCCGAGAAGCAAAAGAAAGAUGCGCGCAAGGCCUUCGAUGCUGUCAAAGAAGAAAUCGCGCGGAAUUUUCUGAAAGAUCUUGAUGAGCGCAUCACGGAAGGGAGACUGGCGAAGAUGACGGAGGAUACCGGGGGUCUGAAAAUUAAAUGGUCCAAUAGCUUGCUGACGACGGCCGGUCGCGCGAGUUGGAAGUGUAAGGCACAGACAACUGUAACGACGAGCCGGAAUCCCGAUGGUACUGUGAAUACCACUGUUGCGAAGAAGGAGGAGACGCAGCGGAGACACUAUGCACAGAUCGAACUCGCGACCAGGGUACUGACCAAUGAGUCGGAUCUUUUGAAUACGGUGGCACAUGAGUUUUGCCAUUUAGCUGUGUUCAUGUUAAAUGGUGGGAAACCGAAAACAGCUCAUGGACCGGAGUUCCGUGCUUGGGGAAAGAGGUGUAGUGAGGUUUAUGGCGUCUCGAAGGGCAUUAAUGUGACGACACGACAUAAUUACGAGAUCGAGUAUAAGUAUGUCUGGCGCUGCGAGGGAUGCGCUGAGGAGGUUAAGAGACAUACGAAGAGCGUAUCUACGGAGAAACAUCGCUGUGGCAGAUGUCGCGGGAAGCUAAUUCAGAUUAAACCCACCCCCAGAAAUGGUGGUGGAGGGUCUACGGCUACUAACGGUGCUGAGCCCCAAUCGACGAAGAAGAAACCCAACGCGUGGCAGGAGUUCCUCGGAAAGGAGAUGAAGGCUUUGACUCAGAGUAACCCUGGUAUGCCCUGGAAAGAGCGUAUGGGUAUUGUGUCGGCCAAGUGGGAACAGGUCAAGCAGCAGUCCCCUCAGAAGAAGGAUGAUAUGAAGGGCAAGACGAUGAGGGACCUACGGACUACGAUAGAGGUUUUGACUCUUGAUGAAGAGGGUGAGAGUGAAGCAGAAAAGCCUACACCUACGACCCCGAAGCGGGAGGGUUACGAUAUUUUCUCCUAGACCGUAGGCUUCAGUUCUGGAUGAUGGGAUGGCAUGCUGAGAAUGGAUAGGAUACUCGAGGACGAGUGUACAUGUGGGUUCACGGACAUGGGAAAAUUGUUAUUCACUGCGUGAGCGGCUGCGGUAUGGUUUGGUGACACAGUUAGGAGCUGGAGACCUCACUUCUACAUGAUGAGUCGUUUAGGCAAUCGUCCCAGUCUACCAGACGAAAUAGAUACCUCAUAUCAAUAAGAAUAUGAUAUUUUAAGGACAUCCCACCCCAAGUUAUUCCAACCUAAUUGUUAUUUUCUACUUAGAUAGUCCAGGGAAUGG